AUGACUACCACCCGUCACCAUCACUUACCAUCACCACCCGCCUCCACCACCCAUAACCACUACCAUCACCCACUUACACCACCCGUUACCAAUACACGCCACAAUCACCCCCACCCACAACCACCGCCCGAAACACCCACUUACACCACACGUUACCACCACCACCCACCACCAAUAACCACCACCCACCACCAACAUCACCACCCACCAUCACCACCUAACCACCACCACACACGACCACCACCACACACGUCCACCACCCAUCACUACCCACCACCCAUCAUUACCCAACACCCACCACCACCCACUACCGCCCACCACCACCAUCAUCCACCUCCACCACCCGUCAUCAUCACCCAACCAACACUACCUACCACCACUACUUACCACCCAUCACACCACCCUCCACCACCACCCAUCACUACCAACCACCACCACCCACCUAUCACUACCCAUCACCCAUCAUUACCCACCACCCACCACCACCCGAUAUUGGCUUAA